CCUCAGGCUGCGGGGAGCGGAGGGGGAGAGCUUUGUGCUGCCCUCUACCGAUCAAUGUCCUGGAAAGGCGAGCUCGCUUUCUCUUGCCCAGGCCGGAGAAGCGGGCGGGGCAAAUUUCCCCGUAUGUGAGACCGGUCGUCCACCCACAGUCCCCCGCUGCCGGAUUUUCCCUGCCAUACUGUAUAACUUUCUUAAAAGUUUACUUGAUGCAGAAUGCGGAUCCUUCCCGUUGGGGUCGAGAUCUCGAUUCCGCCCUGGGGGAAACUGAACCGAAGGCUGACCGUCAGCAGCAGUGACUGCAGGCCCGCGCCCUCGCUCUCGCGCCCUGCCCUAAGCAGGCAUGGGAUUUGAAGCGCCUCGAACGACCUUGCGGGCCUGCUCUCCGACAAACCACGAUAGAGCCGAUUGGAUUAACCUGGGACCUUUUCCAGCGGCCUCCUCCUUCAAAAAAAACAAAAACAAAAGGCGCCCUUUCACACACACCCCUUUUCUUUGAGACGCCAGACCAGCCUGCAUUCAUGUGCCUCAUCUACUCGUGUUGGAAGGGACGUCCCCUCUUAGCCCUUAUAAAUUUGGCAAGCUAGGAGGGUUGCGCGUUAUUGAUUCCUCGGCUGCAGGGGCGGGUGAGCGGCUCGCGUGCACUCGAGGCAUUUGCUAGCUGGAGAUGGCAAACAUAUCCAAGACACUGUCCUCUUCUUAUUUUCUCUGCAACAACAACUCUGAGAGAAAGAACUACAGUACAGUCAUUCUUUUGCACAAUUCUACCAGAAAAGCAGAAAAGACUUGAGCAUUUUGCUGGAAAAUAGGUUGCAAAAUGGAGAUGCGCAUGAAAUACUUGACUUUGUGUUUUGGCUUACUAAAUGUUUUCCUAAUGGUUUGGAACCAUAACAUGACUGAAGGAUCCCAAGCAAUAUUGGGCCAUCCAUUCAUCUCAGUCUGGAAUGCACCAACUCAAAUAUGCCAAGAAAGAUACGGAAUAUCCCUUGACUUGAGAAUUUUUGAUGUGAUUGUCAACCCGAAUGACUCAUUUAUAGGGAAGGACAUUACCCUCUUCUAUAGUAAUAAAUUCGGAAAGUAUCCACAUUACACCAAGGAUGGAGUUGCCAUCUAUGGCGGUCUCCCUCAAAAUGCUAGUCUAAAAGCUCAUCUCCAGAAGACUGGACAAGAUAUUAAAAAUACCAUUUUGGAUGUUGGCUUCAAAGGUCUGGCAGUUGUGGACUGGGAACACUGGCGUCCCUUAUGGAUUCGGAACUGGAGUUCUAUGAAAAUCUACCAGUAUAAAUCUAUACAGUUAGUUAAGGAGCAGCAUCCUGAUUGGCCUGCUGACAAAGUGAUCAAAGCGGCCCAGUUAGAAUUUCAACAAUCUGCUCGGGCAUUCAUGGAGCAGACAUUGGCCCUUAGUGAAACCCUCAGACCAAAAGGCUUCUGGGGCUUUUAUGGUUUCCCCAAUUGCUAUAACGAUGAGUACCAAUCUGUCAAUUAUACUGGAGAAUGCCCAGAGAUUGAGAAACAGAGGAACAACGAAUUGUACUGGCUCUGGAAGCAAAGCCGGGCUCUCUAUCCCAGCAUUUACCUCCCCAACAGUCUCAGACUGACUCACAAAACACUUGAAUAUGUUCGUCAUCGAAUCGAGGAGGCCUUCAGGGUUUUGAAGUGGACACAGAAUGACAUCCCUGUCUUACCUUAUACUACCACUGUAUAUGACUUUACUCAUAACUUCAUCACACAGGAAGACCUGGUCCACACCAUUGGUGAGAGUGCUUCUCAAGGUGCUGCUGGGGUUAUCUUGUGGGGUAGUACAAAUUUCAGUAAAUCUCGGGAAGCCUGCCUUGAAGUGAAGGAGUAUGUGGACAAGCUCCUUGGCCCAUACAUUAUGAAUGUGACCAGCAGUACUAGGCUUUGUAGUGAAAUACUUUGCUCAAAGAAUGGCCGCUGCGUGCGGCAGCAGAAUCACCCAGAAGCCUUCCUGCAUCUCAGUUCUGCCAGCUUCACUAUUAAGAAGCAUAAUGUUGCCCCAGGCUUUAUUUUGAUUGGCCAGGUGUCAAUGGAAAAUCAAAUGAAAAUGGCCCAAACAUUCACAUGUCAAUGCUAUGAUGGCUGGAAAGGAUUGCAUUGUGAGAAGAAGUCAAUCCACAAUGAGGUAUUCAGUUCUCAGUUUCAUGAUAUAUAAUACAUGUCAACAAGAAAAGCUCAACCUGCAGAAUUAGACUGUAUAAAAUUAAUAUCUGCUCAAUAUCUGAUUAACAUUGAACUGGUGCUCUGAGAGAUUAUAGGUUACAUUACCAUCAGCCAAGCUGGUUCAGAAUUCUGGUAGCUGCUGUCCCAUUGCAUAUGAAGGGCAGAGGUGGCGGAAAAUUGGGCUUCACCUUUUUGCAAUGAUAGUCAAAGGCAGUUUUUUCCCCCCUCUUCUGUCAAGUGCAAGCAGAAAUCCUUCUAGAAAUGGUUGUCUGCAGUCUUUUUGCUUGUGUACUUAAUACAGUUUUACCUUGCAGCAUAAAAAAGCUGGCAUGCCUUUUCUUUUGAUCAUGGUAUGAAUACAGACAACAAGUGUGCUUUUCUUAUGAAUAUAUUUGCUUUCAUUUCCAUCUGAAGAAGUAACAUCAGUUCAGUGACAUCUUUGUGAUGAUAUGAUGACACACGCAGAGAGAUGCAUGCUCAGGAGAGAAGACACACUUCAUUUCUUUGGGAAACCCAUAGUUUAUUCUUAUAGUUGUAUGAUGAGCGUUUUGAAGGAAGAUGGCACUGUCACCCAUCAAUUGCCUUUAAAAUAAAUGAAAAUAUGUCUGCAUA